AUGUUAAUAGCACAUGAUACGAAGGCACAAUCUGCCUUGGAAAGUACACCAAAGGAUUAUUCACAAUCCCAAAGGUUGUCCGAUUCCAGUCUUGGGAUUAUUUCGCCUGCAAAGACACCAAAUGAUCAGAUAAAGGUAGCUCUUUCGAUCUCACCACCUACUUCCACAUCUUCUGAACCAUUAUCUUCAUCACAAAACUCAAGAAUUACACAUAUGACAACACUUACAAGUCCUACGAUAUUAAGUACGAAGUACAAAAUGCCUGGAGUGCUGAACACAGGGUCUGUAUCAAAGAAACAUGAUGAAAAAGAUAUUGAGGAUAAAACUGGUGCUGGAAGUAAUGCCAAUAGUUUACGUGUUGUGGAUGAAGAGAUGGGACAACUAAUGGAAACACUAGAUGCAAUUGAGGGUCAUGUCAGCGGGGAAAGGCCAAUGAGGGGAGGAGCUGCUGGAAAAACACUAAAGACGGUUCGCCAAAAGAUACUCCGUCUCAAUUUGGCGAAGAACUUGAUAAAAAAUGAGCUCAAGAACAUCAAGGAUGAGAGCCAACUAGAAAGACGGAUGUUCCUGAAAAGUGUUUCCAGCUUUGAAAGAAACCUGGAGUUGAUAAGAAGCGAAAACGAGGCUAUCAAUGAAAAGAAUCUCAAGCUCAUCCGAUAUUGCCGUAAAUUGAAAAAUGGAAGACUCAAGCGGCUUAAAGCUGAGAAUACCCAGCUACGGCAAAGCCUUGAGCAGGCAUUGGAUCAUCAGGAGGACUCAUUAAACUUGAACAGAAGCCGCAAAUUGAGAACGGAUAGCGUUUUGACUAAUGAUACUGUUGUUGCCUCAAGACAGAAUAGUAAUGUCAGCAUGCUCGAUACUUUGGGGCGUUUAGCAUCUCACGUUCUUGCAGAUGAAAGUACGCUAAGCUCGCAAGGCCCAAAUCUGCAUGAUGGAAAAGCUUAA